AAAAAAUUGACCUCAGCAACAACAAAGACCUCACCAGCCUAGAACUCAUAAAUCUCCCCAAUCUCAAACACCUCCAAGCCAACAAUUGCCAACUCACUAACCUCCUUAUCACCAAUUGCCCCAAUCUCGCCUAUCUCAACGUCGGCAACAACCUCUUAACUAAAACUGACUUCCUAACUAAUCUCAACCCCGAAAAAUUAACUCAUUUAAGCAUCCACUCUAACAAUUUUUCCAAACAAAAAUUAGACUUCCUCAACCAGUCUGCCAAUCUGGAAGAACUCUAUCUUGACAAUUCUAACGAAGAAAACUUUGACCAAAGAAUAUAUAACCACUUCUAUGAUAAAAAUUAUCCUAAACAAGCAGAUAACGAUAGAGAAAAAAGAGAAAAUAUCACUUUUUUAAAUCUCAACAAUAAAAAUUUAUCCGGGCAUUUAGAUCUGCGAGAUUUUACCAGCCUACAAAGCCUAAGUUGUAUAGGUAAUAAACUUACUAAUUUGGAUUUAAGCAAAUGCAGCAAUCUAGUUAAACUUAAUUGCUCAGGCAAUAAAUUCACCAAUCCAGAGUUUUUACAGGAAAUUCCUAAUCCAAGCAAGCUUAAAAGAGUUAAAUCUGGAGGAUUGUCCCUUAGCUUAGAAUUUUUGCCCGCUAGUUGUCAAGAACUUUAUUGCGAUUAUGAUUACCAAUAUAAAUCAAUUAAACUUGCCGAUGAAUUAAGCAAAGAAGAAAAAGGAGCCAGCCGAUUAAGUCAGAUUCAGGAUCCCCAGCAAUCUCAAAACCAGGAAUGGUUAACUGAAGGGGCCCAAUGGGUAGCACGUGGGGUAGCAGUUGCGGGUGGUGUGUUGGCAGCAACUGUUAAUCCCGUAGCGGGUGGAGUAAUGGCAGCGGCUUCCCCGGUUCUAGAAGUAGUGGCUUCGCAAAUGAAAGAAAAAAUCGGAGAGUUAGGAGUGGUUAAUAGCAAACUAAAAGAGUUAAAAAAGAAAGUCCUAGACUUUUUACAAGACUAUGAUGAAAAUAAUAAUCAAGAAAUCGAGUUGGAAGAAUUAAUUAAUGCUCGGGUUAAAUUUAAUAAUGAGUUAACUAAAUUAGGAGAGAUA